AUGUUUUAUGAUGAAAACCUGGUAUUAUUGUUUUAUGUUGAUGAUGGGUUGGCUAUGGGCUCUACUGAUGCCACAGCUAAGUUCAUUGAACAGUUGGGUAAAUGUUUUCAAAUCAAUGUAGAAAAAGUUGAGUACUUCUUGGGUUUACAAAUCAAGAGGUUUGACAACUGUAUUCAAAUAAAUCAAUCUGCAUAUGUGAAGAGGAUUUUGGAGAUGGAUGCGAAACCAUUGCCUUUACCCAUUAAACCAGGAUGGACACCAGGUGAGUCACCUCCUUUUAAUAAUACUGGACUGUAUCGAGAAAUGGUUGGAAGUUUGAUGUAUUUAACACAAGGUGCAAGACCAGAUUUAUCAUAUGCUGUUAAUGUUGCCUCAAGAGUUCAAGACUCACCAACACAGGCGCACUUUGCAUUACUCGAACGAAUAUUUAGGUAUCUUAAAUCAACAAUUACAGAUGGCAUUAAGUUUACGAAGGAUAAAGACUGCGAGAGAGUGUGA